CAGGGAGCCGUUGCACGCUCGGAUCGUCCUGUAUGUGCAAAGGAAGCUGGGCGAGUGGGCAUAGCUGGGAGGUUGGUGGAAGAUCCAGCUCUUCAUGACUUAACCCUUUCUGACAAGGCACUUAAAGAAGGAGGAAUGGCAGAAAAAGUGAACAACUUCCCCCCACUUCCUAAAUUUAUCCCACUGAAGCCAUGCUUCUACCAGAACUUCACAGAUGAAAUCCCAAUUGAUUACCAGACUCUGGUGAGAAGGAUCUAUCGCUUGUGGAUAUUUUACUGCAUCACUUUGAGCGUUAACCUCAUUGCUUCUCUGGCUUGGUGGAUCGGUGGUGAUACUGGUACCAAUUUUGGCUUGGCAAUUCUUUGGCUUAUCCUCUUCAGCCCCUGUAGUUAUGUGUGUUGGUUCCGGCCAGUCUACAAAGCCUUCCGGUCAGACAGCUCUUUUAAUUUCAUGGCAUUUUUCUUCAUUUUUGGAGCCCAGUUUAUCCUGACAGUCCUCCAGGCAAUCGGUUUCAAGGGGUGGGGAGCAUGUGGCUGGAUGGCUGCCAUAGGUUUUAUCGGUACUAGUGUUGGAGCUGGUGUGGUCAUGCUCUUCCCAGCAGUUAUGUUCACCUUGUGCGCUGUCGGGAUGUUUAUAAGUCUCAUCCGGGUUCACCGGAUCUACCGUAGUGGAGGUGGGAGCUUUCAGAAAGCCCAGAACGAAUGGCAGAGUGGAUCGUGGAAAGAUCCUCCAAGCAGGGAAGCCCAGCACAACAACUUUUCAGGAAACAGCCUCCCUGAAUAUCCAACAGUUCCCAAUUAUGGGAAUCCCUGGUCCUGAUCCUGACUGGUUGGGUUACCCAAGUAGUUUGGUUUGAGUUGUUGCAAGAAACACAUUGGGUUCCUCGUUUGAGGCUCCC